AUGCUUGGUGGUGUUGAAGCGUUUGUCGUCAACAUUAUCGAGAAAUCACAUCUUCUAAAGGAAUCAGAAAUGAAUGAAGACAUUUUAUUGUCCAAGCAAAUAAUUAACAUGAUUUGUGAAAUUUCGGAUAAUGUUGGAAAAGUUUACGCUGUUCCCUUUUGGUCGCAACAUUCAAUGACAUGCGUUCAAUCCCUUAUGUUUGUUACUAGUUUAGUAAACUAUUUAGUUUAUCCAAAUUCAGAGAGUUAUCAAAAUUUCUUAGUUACGACAACUGCGUUAUUACUGUCCUGGUUUAUUCUUCUUAUAAUGUUUGGAUUAAGCAUUUGGAUGAAAAAUCAAGCGGAAAAAAUUGUGAAAAUUGGACUUCAAGUACAAUACAAAUUGAAAAAGUCAACAAAAGUCAUCAAAUUCGCUCAACUGCUUUCCUUACAACUCCAUCAUCGUCCACCAUUAAUUUUUUAUGGAGUGUUUGUUGUUGAUUGGAAAUUUCUGUUCGCAACAUUUUGUGUCAUUCUUGGCGAUAUUCUGGUUUUAUUGUAA